AUGAGCAACAAUAAUAAUUCAGCCAAUAAGUGGCCACUUCCAAGAUUUUAUUCAGAUAUUAAUAUUUAUAAACCUCGAGAAUAUUGGGAUUAUGAAAACUUUCAGAUUGAAUAUAGUAGUCCGAAUAAUUAUGAAAUUAUCAGGAAAGUUGGUAGAGGAAAAUACAGUGAAGUAUUUGAAGGAAUAAAUAUAGUAACAAAUGAAAGGGUAAUUAUCAAAGUACUUAGGCCAGUUAAAAGAAAAAAGAUUAAACGUGAAAUAAAAAUAUUAUAUAAUUUACAUGGUGGCCCAAAUAUUGUAAAAUUGUUGGACAUAAUAAAAGAUCCAAGCAGUGGUACAAUAAGUCUUGUAUUUGAGUGCAUUGAUAACGUUGAUUUUAAAAGCCUAUUUCCAACAUUUACUGAUUAUGAUAUAAAAUUUUAUAUUUAUCAAAUACUAAAAGCAUUAGAUUUUUCUCAUUCACAAGGUAUUAUGCACCGUGAUGUUAAACCACAUAAUGUAAUUAUUGAUCCAACAAAGAAAGAAUUAAGAUUAAUUGAUUGGGGUUUAGCAGAAUUCUAUCAUCCUAGACAAGAUUACAAUGUAAGAGUUGCUAGUAGAUAUUAUAAAGGACCAGAAUUACUUAUUGAUUUUCAAUACUAUGAUUAUUCUUUAGAUAUUUGGAGUCUAGGAUGCGUACUUGCUGGAUUAAUUUUUAAAAGAGAUCCAUUCUUUUGCGGAGUUGAUAAUAAUGAUCAACUUGUUAAAAUUGCAAGAGUUUUAGGCACUGAUGGUUUAUUUGAAUAUCUAGCUAAAUAUAAAAAACAAUUGGAACCUUAUUUUGAUGAUUUACUUGGUAGACAUACUAGAAAACCUUGGAGUAAAUUUAUCAAUGCUGACAAUCAACAUCUAGUCAAUCCUCUUGUUUUGGAUUUACUUGAUAAAAUGUUAGUUUAUGAUCAUGCUGAAAGAAUUCUUCCUAAAGAAGCCUUGGCUCAUCCUUAUUUUGAGAAAAUUCAUCAAGAAGAACAAAAAAAAUGA